AUGUCAGGCAUGUUCAACGAAAGCGAACUGUCAGGGCUGGACGCCCAUAGCGUGUUCGGAAACAGCGAAAUGUCCAGCUAUCAGAAGAAAAAAAGGAAAUUUGAAGAAAAUUCUAAUUUAGGCGCAAAUGACGUAAUGAAUGAGGACGAACUAGAAGCGGAAGAAGAAGAUGAUGAGGAGGAUGACGAGGAAGAUGAUGAACCAUCUUAUGUUCAAGAUGAAAAUAUGGCAAAGGUAUUUGAAAAAUUUUUAAAAACUUUUUCCGAAAGAAAAAAUGAUGAAGAAAAUGAAGACGGUGAUGAUGACAGUGUCUGGAAAGACAAUUUAAAUUUGAACUUUCCUAGUUCGCUGGAAAUCGCCCAGGAUGCGCAUUACGUAUUAUUACUUUUUUCAAUUCUGCAAAAUUCAUACUCCAGAAAUAAAGUCCUGGUGGUGGAUAUGAAACACGUGUUGAUGUGGGAACCAACAGAUAAAAAUCGAUUCGAUAUAGGUAGUCAAUUGUACAUAUACAUAAAGAGACACUUCCUCAGAAUAUUAGAUAUCUUUGAACAGAAGGUACAAGCUUUAGCAGAAAGUAUUAAUCCGAUAAAGACAAAAGAAGUUGGGAAGAUAUGUCUCCGUUUUUAUAAUAAAAAAAAUCCUAUCCAUUCGUUGCGAAGCUUAAGAUGUGAAAUGCUGGGUGAGAUGAUUAGUGUUCGAGGACAAGUAACCCGAACGUCCGAUGUACGACCCGAGUUAACAUUAGCUGCCUUCAAAUGUAACGAAUGUGGAAAUAUAAUAAACGGAGUUAAACAGCAAUUUAGGUAUACACAACCGAGUAAGUGCCCCUCCUCCAGCUGCAGCAAUAUGUAUGAUUGGUCCCUUGUUCUGGAACAGUCUUACUUUGUUGACUGGCAAAAAAUCCGAUUACAAGAAAUUGCGCAGGAGAGUCCACCAGGAUCCAUGCCCCGAAACAUGGAUGUGAUUCUUCGCAAUGACAUCGUCGAUUCGGUACACGCAGGGGAUAGAAUUAUCGUAACGGGGUGCUUAAUUGUUGUGCCAGAUAUCCCCACUUUGAUGAAACCAGGAGAUAUUCCACGCAGUGUGGCUAGACAAAUUUUAAAAAAAAAUGAAAACUCCUUAGUCUCGCAAGGGCUAACAGGUAUCAAGGGAGUGGGAGUACAAGACUUAAACCACAAGCUGUGUAUAUAUGCAUGUCAAAUUGAGAAACUAAAUAAUUCGAAGAAGGAAAACUCCUUCGAUGAGCAAACACAGGUAGAUAUUAAUUGUGAAGAAAUUUUAAAUUGUGAUGAUUUGAAAUGGCUCAGAGAUAUUGCCAUGCAUCCCAACACCAUCGACAUUUUAGCAGAAUGUAUAGCUCCCAAAAUAUGGGGAAACAUCGAAAUAAAGAAAGGAGCAUUAUUGAUGAUGACAGGAGGGGUUCAGAAAAUCACUUCGAACUGCAAAUUGAGAGGAGACAUAAAUAUGUGUAUUGUAGGUGACCCAGGAACUGCUAAAAGUGAAAUAUUAAAGUACGUAGAAAGUUUUGCCCCAAGAGCUAUUUUCACCUCUGGAAAGGGGUCCACCGCUGCAGGGCUCACAGCAGCAGUGCAUAGGGACCCUGAUCAGGGAGACACGGUCCUAGAAGCAGGUGCAUUAAUGUAUGCGGACCAGGGAAUUUGCUGUAUUGACGAAUUUGACAAGAUGGACGAAAAGGACAGAGUAGCCAUUCACGAAGCUAUGGAACAGCAAACCAUUUCGAUAACUAAGGCGGGUAUCCAAGCAACACUAAAUGCCAGAGCAUCAGUCUUAGCAGCAUGUAACCCCAAGUAUGGAAGAUACGACACGUUGAAAACCUUUGCACAAAAUGUAAACAUCCCCGCACCGUUGCUUUCCAGAUUUGAUCUCUUCUACACAAUGCUGGACAGCAUCGACAUAGACAAAGACACCAGCAUUGCCAACCACUUGGUUUCUAUGCACUGUGGAGAAGAAGCGGAAAAACAUAUUAGAGCAAAUGCAGGAAAAUUGGACACCGUCAAAAUGGAAGUGUAUCUAGAGCUAAGCAAAAGAGUGAAGCCAUUACUAACAGAUGAAGCCAAGUACAAAUUGAUACACUACUAUGUCUCCUUCCGAAAUAUUGAAUACUCCCCAGGUGCUCAGAGAUCCAUGAGGAUGACCGUCCGUCAGUUAGAGUCACUCAUCCGAUUGAGCGAAGCUGUAGCUAAGUUAAAGUUUUCCCACUUUGUUGACAUAAAACAUGUAGAAAUUGCUUGCUCAAUAUUUAAAGCUUCCAUGAAAAAAAUAUCCAACGAGAAGGAAAUAAAUCUGGAUGAAGAAUUCGACAAAGUUAGCAACUCCCUCUUGAAUAACAAGGGAAGCAAAAUCAUCCAACCGGAGGAUAGCGAAAACAAGCCAGGGGAAAGUAAAAAGGGCAUGACCAUUAAGGCUAGCGAGUAUCAGUACAUAUCUGCCAUCAUUUUCGAAAUUAUUAAAGAAUACGAAUUUAACAAUAACAGUGAAAGCAUUACGCAGGAUCAGCUCAUUGAGACCUACCUGCAAGUGUAUGCCAAAGCUGAAUCGAAUGAACAGGUGGAUGAGUGGGUUUACAAACUGAAGAAAAUUAUCCAACGAUUGAUAAACCAGGAUAUGAAGUUGCUGUCGGAGACUAAUGAAGACGACGUGGAAAAUGUCAUCCUGCGAAUCCACCCCAACUAUGCCGGCCCCAUCGUGGAGGGCACCGUGUCCAACAAGAACACUUAUGGCUACAACACCUUCAAGAACUACCAGACGGAUGAAAAUAUUCCGGAGGACGACGUGGACUUCCAGGAGGACAUCGACAAUUUUUAA